AUGCAAGAUCAGACCAAUUUCAGAGACGAGGGAGAGGGAAACGAGGUGUCAUCUCCACAAGUGAUUGAUCUCCCACCCAUUUCCACCUAUUUACCUGAGGAGCACAAUAUCGAAAGGCCAGAGUUGCGUUCACUACUGCACAAUUCGCAAGCGAUGGGAAGUCUGGAAAAGCUCAUCAGGUCAGUCCAUCAGUUCCCGUUCUCACGUGGAUUUGCACUAAUGAACGGCCGUGAGUCCUGUGCGGAUGUGGACUCAAGUCCUGUGCCGAUAUGGUAG